CGGCGGCCGAGACACUGGACCAAGUGACAGCUGUGGCCUGGGAUACUUCUGUUCCCUGGCUUGUGCUGUCUAUAAAGGUGUAUUGACAAGAAUCCGGCAAUGGAAACGUGGUCAGUUGAUCAGGUCUGCAAAUGGUUGGUGGAGAAAAACUUAGGUGAGCUAGUCCCCAGGUUUCAAGAGGAAGAAGUCAGUGGGGCAGCACUCCUGGCCCUUAAUGAUCGGAUGGUACAGCAACUGGUAAAGAAAAUUGGACACCAGGCUGUUCUGAUGGACUUCAUUAAGAAAUACAAGCAGAGCAAUCAAGGGCUGAAGCCCACGGGAGGCCCCACGGAGACAUUCCUGCUGACCCCGGCACAAGCAGCCCCUGAGCAUGAACAAAACCCUCAUCCCACCAGCCAUGGGGACCAGACUUCUUUAUAUCCAGCCGUCCUUGACAAUAGACUCAUUGACCAAAGAGUAUUGAAGCAGAGAAGAAAUGUAAAACAUGUUCUAGCAAGGCAUAAAGCAUUCCAGUGGACGAAGUCCUACAUCUUACCGGAGUUUCCCUAUGACGUCAAGUGCAUGUUGGUGGAGCAGAAGCGCCCUGACCACAGCAUGCGGAUAAGGAUCAUUGAGUUUCUCCAGGCAGAUAUGACUAAGUACCUGGAAGGCUCCCUGUACCCCACCACCCAGCAGUACAACGACGUGGUCAAUGCUCUGCUGCAGGCCCACCCUUUCCUGGAUGAGGAUGGCUGUGGCUUUUUUUUAUGGAAACGAGCCCUCAAAGAUCGCUUUAAAUAUAUUCGAAGACCCAUAGAAGAUGAUGAACAAGUCAUGAGGAAUAAGUGUAAAUUUGGACACCGAAGAGGCCAGAAAAGGAAGUCUCUUGCUGACAUACAAUCGAAUGAAAUUAAAAUUGUGCAGUUAAAAGUAAGCCUGAAUUUUAAACACUCUGACAACUUUGGCUGAUU